CACACCAUCAGGGUCGAGACCUGCCCAAGCAGCAGUAGAGAAGACCUACUGAAGAACUGAGCUCCAUUGGACACCAUGGCCUCCACCCUCUCUGUGCGCAGCUACUCCAUACGCCAGCCCUCCUUCUCCAGCAUGUCUGUGAGGGACAGUGGACGCAGCAUCCGCUCCAAGCCUCCGGUCUCACCUCUGUCCUCUGUCAGCACCCUGUCUCUGUCCCGCUCCGUCUCGGUGGGCAACGGCCUCAACAUGCUGGGCUCCGGCCUCUCAUUCAACGGCUUCGGCGUGGGCGCAAGCGAGAAGGAGUGCAUGCAGGGCCUGAACGAUCGGCUGGCCAACUACCUGGACAAGGUGCGCUCGCUGGAGAGGUCCAACGCCGAACUGGAGGUGAAGAUCAAACAGCUCAUGCUGGAGAGGGCUCCAAAAGGACAUGACAUCGAGGGGAUGAUGGCCCAGGCACACGCCAUCGGGCAGGAGGUGAGAAAGAAGACGCUGGAGAACGCUCGUAUCAUGCUGGAGAUUGAUAAUGCCAAGCUGGCAGCCGAUGACUUCAGGGUCAAAUGGGAGGCAGAGGCCACCUUGUGCCAGUCGGUGGAGAGGGACUGUCAGGCGCUGAGGAGAGCAAAGUCUGAUCACGACCAGAUCAUCGCCACUCUGCGAGGAGACCUGGACAGCCUGAAGGAGGAGCUCUACUUCCUCAAAAAGAAUCACGACGAGGAGAUGAGCUCCCUCAAGGCGCGUCUGGCCAACGAGCAGGUGAAUGUGGAGGUGGACGCGGCUCAGGGUCCUGAUCUGGGGGCCAUACUUGCUGAGCUGAGGGUCCAGUAUGAGGGCAUCGCUCGCAAAAACAAGGAAGAAGCCGAGGCCUGGUACCUCAAGAAGUUAGAAGCAGUGCAGUCAGAGGUCAAAGAAAGCAAUGAGGCUUUACGUUGUGCCCAAGGUGAACUCGGUGAGAGACGGCGCUUCCUGCAGGCUCUGGAGGUUGAGCUCGAUGGUCUUCGCAAACAGGUUGGUGUGUUGGAGGGAAACCUUGGAGAAACAGGGCACAAAUACUCUGUGGAAAUGGACCGUCUUCAGGCCACACUGACCCAGCUGGAGGAUGAGCUGUCUCAGCUGCGUUUGGACAUGCAACGCAACAAGACUGACUACGAACAGCUGCUGCGCAUCAAGCAGAACCUGGAGAUGGAGAUCGCCACCUACAGGAGGCUGCUGGAAGGAGAGGAAAUGGUGAAAGAAACACCUCCACCUCCUAAAAAAGACCCUGACGUCAGGACCAGGAAGAUUGUAAAAGUCGUUACUCAGACCAUGAUCAAUGGUAAAGUGGUAGAUGAGUCCAGUGAGGUGGAGCAGAUUGAAGAACGCAAAAAAUAAGCCAAAGUGCGUGCAGUGAUGGAGCAGUGAUGUCUGUUAACUCCAAAGUGCCUGAUGACCGUGGAUCAUAUUUUGCCACAGUGCUCUUGUUUUAUAUCUUCCUUAUUUUGUCUCCAAGUUUAAUGCCUUAAGUUUGCCUAAAUGAU